AUGCAACGACUUUCUCAUCAAAGAGCCUUGUUGGACGGCCUACGAAGCGCUGCCAUAAUCCGUGCUGCGCAGCGGCCCUGCGCAGCACUAUCUUCGAGAUGCUUUUCAAGCACGGUGUCAAGGCGGGACGGGGAUGAGAGGAAAUGGUCCACGCCUUUGGCAAAGCAGCUGGCCGAGGCCAUCUCGAUGACCGGUCCCGUCCCUCUUGCGAGCUACAUGCGCAUGUGUCUGACUGGCGACAUUGACGGCUAUUAUACGGGAUUGGCCGAGGAGAACAGAGACCAGUUCGGCUUAAAGGGAGACUUUGUCACAUCGCCCGAGAUUUCCCAGAUAUUUGGCGAGCUGAUUGGCAUCUGGUUCGUCGCAGAGUGGUUGAGCCAGGGCAAGCCCCAGAAUGGCGUUGAGCUCAUUGAGGUCGGCCCCGGACGCGGCACUUUGAUGGACGAUAUGCUUCGUACGAUGCAGAAUUUCAAGGGCUUUGCUCAAAGCAUCGACGCUAUUUACAUGGUUGAGGCCAGCCCUCAGCUUCGUGAAGCGCAGAAGAACCUCCUUUGCGGCCCUGACGCGCCCAUGACUGAAUCUAAAGUCGGCUAUCACAGUGUCUGCAAGCGCACCAACUUACCCAUCGUCUGGACCGAGACCAUAAAGUCCAUUCCCCAAAGCCCCGAGAAAAUGCCGCUAAUGGUGGCACACGAAUUCUUCGAUGCGCUUCCCAUCCACGCCUUCCAGGCCGUCACAGUGCCGCCUCCGGUACCCAAAGAGCCAAUACCAGGAAGUUCCGCCCCAAGAAACCACCCUCGUGAAGCCGAAGGGCCCAAGGUCGAAUGGCGCGAGAUGCUCGUCUCGCCAACCCCGCCAGAUGCUACCCACGCAACAAUGAACAUACCCAAAUCCGAGCAGGGCGACCCUAUCCCCGAUUUCCAAAUGACGCUCGCCUCGGGCCCAACACGCCACUCGCGUUACGUCCCUGAGACCUCAUCCCGCUACCGCCGUCUAAGGGACACCGUCCCGGACGCCGUCGCCGAGAUCUGCCCCGACGCCUCCAUUUACGCCGCCGACUUUGCCAGCCGCAUCGGCGGCUCAAAGCAGCACCCCAAACCCCGCCCUUCGGGCGCGGCACUGAUCCUGGAUUACGGCACAACCGACACCGUUCCAAUUAACUCCUUGAGAGGAAUCCGCCGCCACCGUCGCGUCAGUCCCUUCUCGGAACCCGGCCUCGUCGACUUGAGCGCUGACGUCGACUUCAUCGCCAUCGCGGAGGCAGCGAUGCGAGCGAGCGAAGGUGUCGAGGUCCAUGGACCCGUCGACCAGGGCGCAUUCCUAGGCCAGAUGGGCAUCAAAGAGCGUGCCGAGGUGCUGAUCAAGCAAACCAAGGCCAAGGCGGCCACCGAUAAGGCACAGGACAUCGAGGGUGCUUGGAAGCGUCUUGUUGACCGUGGUCCCGGUGGCAUGGGCAAGGUCUACAAGGCCAUGGCUAUCUUGCCCGAGAACAGUGGACAGAGGCGUCCCGUCGGCUUUGGCGGCGAUGUGUAA